ACAUUACUGACCCGUCCGAAGCCAUGGAGAAAGGAAAACCCUUUAAAUUGUUCGUGCCGCCUCGCCUGAGCGGCGGGCAGGUGUCUGCAGUCAAACCCCAGACCAGCGCUCGGGCCACAGAGCCGUGCCAGGGUUUUAACAAAUGCCCAAGUGAUGAUUUUAAUUCACCCUUUGUAAUGACAACUGCAGCAAGCCAUGGUGAAAUCACUGAUAAAGAUGCAAUUUCACAGCAAGCCAAACUUUGCUCUGAGGUGGAUGAAGAGAAUAUGGAAACGAUGAAUGAGUUGUAUUCAAAACUGUACAAAGAGGCUGAGAAGAUCAAGCGAUGGAAACUGGCUGUAGAGUCAGAACUAAAGCAGAAGGAAAGGAAGUUUCAAGAGAAUAGGAAGAUUAUUGAAGCACAGCGCAAAGCCAUCCAAGAACUGCAGUUUGAAAAUGAAAAGCUCAGUCUGAAACUGGAAGAUGAGAUAUGUGAGAAUAAAGAUCUUUUAAAAGAAAACAGUGCUUCAAGACACCUGUGUAACCUACUGAAAGAAACCUGCAGUCACUUCACAGAGAAGUCCACCAAAUAUGAACAUGAAAGAGAAGAAACAAGACAGCUAUAUGAGGAACUUAAUAACAACAUUGAAAAAAUGAUAGUGGCAUUUGAAGAGCUUCGUGUGCAAGCAGAGAACUCCAGACUGGAAAUGUGUUUCAAACUAAAAGAAGCAGAAGAAAAAAUGGACAACUUUGAAAGAGAAUACAAGCUAGAAGUCAGUGUGAAAGAAAAACAGAUUUCAGCUCUUACUGUAAGGUGUAAUGAAAAAGAUGAUGUAAUAAGAGACAUCAAGACUCACCUGCAGGAAUCAAAAAAUAAGAUUGCGGACUUGGAAGAAGCAAAAAGACAUGAAGGGGAAAUGUUAAAGGAAUCUCAGCUCAAUCAAGAAUAUUUGAAGGCAGAACUGGAAGAAGCUAAAAAUUCAUUGCGAAAAACAGAGGCUACUCAAGAGAGCCUGGAAACUGAACUGCAGAGUACGGUGAAAGCAUUAAUUCAGGUCACACAGGAGAAAGAUACACAGAUGGAAGAAUGUAAAGAAGCAAAGGCUUUGCAUGCAUCCAUGAUAGAAGAGCUCAAGACUUCUGCUUGCAAUUUAAAAAGCUUGCUGGAAGAAGAACAAAAUAGAUUGAAGAAAUACGAAGAUGAGUCAAAACUGCUUAUGCUGGAGCUCACAAAUAAGUCUGCUGAGCUUGAAGAGAUGACUAAACUGAAAUGUGACAAAGAAAUGCAACUUGAAGAGCUGUCUGAAACACUGGGAAAAGCUGAAGAACUUCUAGCAAAGAAGAAAGAUCUUGAGGCUACUGUUGAAGAAUUGCAGGAGAGAGAAAAAGAAAUGAAAAAUAUUCUUCAAGUUAGAGAGAAAGAAAUGUGUGAUCUGAAAGUACAGCUGACUUGUUCAGUUGAAAAAGAGCAAAAUUAUUUGAAACAACUUACAACACUGAAUGCAGACCUUGAACGAGAGGCACUAAAGAAUGAGCAACUCACAGUGAAUAUCAAUACACUGUUAAUAGAAAAAGAACAAAUGGCACAAGAGAAAAGUAAUAUGGAUACAGAGAUCAAGAAACUGCAAGCAAGUCAUGAGGAUCAAAGGGAAAAAGAAGAAAAUACAAAGCAGUUAGUAGAACACCUGGAAGAAGCAAAUGGUCAACUAAGAAAUGAACUGGAGUCUUUGAAAGAGAAGAUGGCAAAGAAAGGCGAAGAGGCUAAAAGCAAACUGGAUGAAAGUGAAGAAAACACUAAGAGUAUUGAAAAUGAAAUUUUGAAAAAGGAAAGACAGUUGAAGAUGCUAGAAAAUAAGCUGAAUACUAUGAAGAAACAGGUGGAAAAUAAAACAAAGUGCAUUGAAGAGUUACAACAGGAAAAUAAGGUACUGAAGAAGAAAAUGACUGCAGAAAGCAAGAAAACAAGUAGUUAUGAAGGGAAGGUGAAUAAGCUACAGUUAGAGAUGGAAAAUAUGAACAAGCAACACAAGGCAGCAGUUGACAUUUAUGAAAGAGAAAUUGAAGCAAAAGGAGUAACUGAAAAUAACUUACUUGAAGAGGUAGAAAAAAUGAGGUUACUUGCUGAUGAAGCAACAGUAGCACAGAGAGAAACUGAUAUCCGAUGUCAACACAAGAUAUCUGAAAUGAUGGCACUUAUGGAAAAACACAAGCAUGAGUAUGAUAAAAUGGUUGAAGAAAAAGAUACAGAGUUAAAACUAUAUAAGAUAAAAGAGCAAGAGCAGUCAUCGUUGAAAAGAGCUUUGGAAAACGAACUAUCAUGUUUAAAAAGUGAACUGUCAUCCCUUAAGGAACAGCUUAAAGCAGAAAUUGAAAACAAGGAGAAUCUUGCAAAAGAAUUCUACAAAAAUAGGGCUCCUGAAACUGAAAAGGAAGACAAGAAAAUACAAACUCAUUUUGUUGGUACUCCUAAACCUCAUUUAGAUCAAGACUUUGCAUCUAUUAAUGCAAAAAAAGUAUUCUCACAGAGUGAUAUUCCGAUAAAAGCCACUACGAUGGAAAGUAAGAAACCAUCUCCUCGAGCAUUCAUACAGAGUCCCUUGGUCAGACGAUCAUUAAAGACAUAUACCAUAAAGACCCCUCCAGUGCAUAAAAUGCAAAGUGAAAGCACAGGUCUGACUUCAGGACAGAGGAAAAAGCAAAAAGUGCUCCUGCAGCUGGAUGCUCAUUCGGAUAGCUCUGAACACAGCGACCUCCUGAGCCUUGUUUCAGAUGAAGAAGUAUUUAAAAAAUUAUACAAAGAUUAUCCUCAAGCUUCACAACUUUAUGCAGUGACACCAACACAGAAACCAACUACAUCAAGCCUGAAAGCUCCAAGCUCUGUACUAAAGCUUGCAACGAUGAGAAAAGUGAGAGAGACUGGCUGGACUGCAGUUUCCAAGCAGGACAGGAAGAGAAAAAUUAAAGAUGCUGAAAAACUCUUUACUUAAAAAGAAAAAGAGCGGUGCCCUAACAUUAUUUCACUGUUCUUUGAGCAUUACGACUUUGCUGCGUGUUUUCUGCCGUAUUUGGUCUGUUUAAUACAUGAAUUUCCUUGAUACAGAUAGUCCUUGUAUAACUGCAGUCUGCAGAGCAUUGUCAGUGUUUUACUCACGUUAUAAAAAGUCUGGAGACAUUUUAAUAUUGAAAUGAGAAUAACUUUAAAGAAAGGCGUUUCCUAAAAAAAAAAAAGAAAAAAGAAAAAGAGAAAAAAAAUCUGUUACUAGAAAUGCUGAUUUUAAAGAAGUCUGGUUUUGUUCUUUUAAAUUUACUGUCUGUCUUAAUACACAACAAAACUACACUGUUUAGUGAAUGAAAUGCUGAUGCUGCUGAUGUGCAGCAUUUUUGCGCACAUUUGUCUUGCAUUUUCUUCUUCUCAAGCGUUUGUUACCAGUAGCCACCUUCCUCAUAUGUUAGAAUAGUUCUGAAACUUCCAGUAUUCUAUUUUCAAUAGAAUGAUGCAGGUUUAAGAAGAUCUCUGCAUCAUUAGGAUGGAAAUACAUACGCAUCGUUUAAGAUUGUAACCGCAGUGUUGAGAUGUCAUUAAAUUGUUGAUCUUGAAACGUA